AUGACGUUGCCAAAAUUUGAAUUUUGUGAAAUCGCGGCGAAUCCGAAUGGAUGGGGACCGUUAGGUUCACCUCCGGCGUUAGAUACAUCCAUUCCAUUCCAGCAAUACAAUAAGGCUGAUCGAAUCGGUCGUGUUGCAGACUGGAUAGGAGUUGAUCGUUUCUUCUACCGCAGAGGAAAUGAACGUUACAACGAGCGAAUGUAUGGAUCAGCUGCAAAUGCUGGAAGUCAAUUUGAUUACGUGCAUGGGAUGGAUGAAAACAACUUCCAACUGGUCGACUCUUCGAAGCCUGUGCAACGGAAUCCACAGAGAAACUUCCGCGCACGUCAGCUGCAGUUCAGAAAAUUGCUACAGAAAGAGCAGGAAAGACGUGAUCAAGCAUUGCAGGGUCAGAAUUUGAAGAUGAAGAGAAGUAUUGCAAAGGAGCAACAGCGAGCUUUCAAGAUGUGGCAGCGUCGUGGAGGAAAUGCUCGCCAAGGUCAACGCGGUCCCGGCGGACGUUAUCCUGGAGAGAGACCAAAGGACCGCCUCCCGUCUGUGCAGGUGCGUCCUGAUUGGCGCGUUAUUGAAGAAAUGGACUUCCCUCGGUUACUGAAACUUAGUCUACCUGGGGUUGGAAGUGGUGAAGAUAUUAACAAGCAUCAGUAUGGAACAUUGCACUUCUAUGAUAAGGCUAUUGAUCGUGUAUCAGUAAGGACACCUAUAACGUUGCAACGUUGUGGUGGCAACUUCUACAAUGUUACGACUACGGAAGAUCCUGUGAUUGAAGAACUUGCCCAACAAGGUAUUGGAAAUGUGUUCGCGACCGAUAUAAUCCUCGCAACUCUUAUGACUGCUCCAAGAUCGGUGUACUCGUGGGAUAUUGUGGCGCAUCGUGUAGGAGACAAGCUUUUCUUGGAUAAGAGAGACACUGGUGGUAUUUCCAAUCCUGUGGAUGCUCUAACUGUGUCCGAAACUAGCGGUGAUCCACCGUCAUUUGAGGGAGCUGGCAUCAACAACGCAAAGGAUUUGGCCACAGAGGCUCUAUUCAUCAAUCAAAACUUUCGGCGUCAAGUACUCAAACGCCAAGAACAUCCUUAUGUUAUGGCGCAUCCUCGUGCUCCAUUUGAAGAAGAAGGCGGAGAAUCCGGAUGUGGAUAUCGGUAUCGCAAAUGGACUCUGGGAAAGAAUGCGAAUGGCAAACCCAUAGAGGUUGUAUGUCGAACAGAGCAUGAUGGUGUUAUGGCUGGACCUUCUGGAGAUGUACAAUUCUUAACUAUCAAAUCGUUCAAUGAGUGGGAUAGCUCACAGUCUGGUGGUGUGGAUUGGAGAGUCAAAUUGGAUGGCCAGAAGGGUGCAGUUUUGGCAACAGAAAUUAAAAAUAACAGUUGCAAACUGGCAAAAUGGACCGUGCAGGCUCUACUCGCAAACUCCGAUGCAAUCAAGUUUGGUUACGUUUCACGGAUGUCUGUACGCAAUAGCGCCCAGCACGUGAUUCUAGGCACUCAACAGCUGCGUCCUGUUGAGUUUGCUCAGAAUAUCUCCAUGAACAUGGAUAAUGGAUGGGGAAUUCUAAGAUGCGUAAUAGACAGCUGUAUGCGUCAACCUCAAGGAAAAUACUUACUGAUGAAGGAUCCACAGUCUCCGGUAGUAAGACUAUACUCUUUACCAGAAGGAACAUUCGAAAGUGAUCAGGAAUCAAACGACGAACAAGGUGGAGACUCGGACGACGAUAACUAA